GGGAGCCCAGCAAUGGGCUUGGCGCAGGUUCGAUGUAACGACACAGUCUUUCAGCCUUCCGAGAAUUUGGGUCAGCGACGAGGAUUUCCGAGCGAAGCGAGCUGGUGACGCAGCAUCACCACAAAAGAUCUCUGGUUUCUGCACCAAUAGUGAAUGCCUGUGAUGCCAGCCUCCAGAGGUACGUGUAAGUUGCGCAAGUGGCAAGACGGGCCAAGCCCAAUAAGGGUGCCGGAGCUUCCGUCAAGUUCUAUGACGAGUGUGACUCGUUCAAGCUGCAGGAGUACAGUAGGUCACUGACGUCGCGGUGUGUCUCCAUCAACCUCGGAGUCGGGUCGAUUCUUGUCCAGGUUCUGAGUUGUGACGGCCAUCUCGGCAUGCCCUUCGGUACGUAUGUUCCUCGCAGACCGAUGCCUGCGCCGCGUCGUGUGCCGCACGCGUGCGUCUGCUACGCGAGAAAACGUGACACGGUCCCGUCUAGCGGGAUACUGCUUGCUCCAGAGAAGCAACAUGGGCAUUUAGCCAAGAUUACACAGUACAGUACUAUCGGAGGGUCGCACAGCCACCGCCAUUCCACUACCACAGUCUGGCUGUGUCAUAGAAGCAUGACAUGCACUUUUGGUACCGAAUGUUUAUUAGUUCGGCCCAGCCAGGGGAGCCGCAGCCGUGCCCAGGUUCAGGUCAACGUCAACCUUAGAACCGACCGGUCCCCGCAAACACCGAAGCAAUUGCCCCGGCCCCCCUCCCAGUCAGUGAACAGCUUGCCGUUUCGCCGGUUUGCAGUAGCCAGGGGCAGGGCAAGCCUGCAGUUUUGUCUCUCCGAAAUAAGGCAGGCGGAUAGAUACAGCCACCGUGAAGUGACCGCUGUCAACUUCAGCUCGUCGGACGCAGAGCAGUUGUCUGCCGAUGGGUUAUUUUGCAAACCCAACAGCAGAAUUGAAGGCCACGAAGUGGUUAACGAAGCUUUGACAUACCCCGCUGCUGUCAGUGCUGUGUGGCGGAUCAACGCCGGCUAACCGUCUCCAGGAAAAGCGUCGAUCUGAUCGAUAAGGUUUUGUGAUUACUGAACACGGGGGCAGUCAGCCUCUGCCGAGGAAACUAACUCCCUUCACACAGGAUGCACAUACCUCCGUACACAGCGCUCUUGAAAUCAGGAACGCAAGGCUGUGGGAAUCAGCCCUCGAGCGUAACCUCCUGGGAGAUGUCACAAUGGUC